AUGCAUAACAACCCAUUCAUCAACUGGUCUCUCUUCCUUUGCCUCUUCUUAUUCACCCUUUUCACACAUUCGGUCCAAUGUGUCGACAUCCUUCCUCCUCAUCGACGUCCUUUUCCUACAGCUUCCAUCGUAGCUGCAAGUAUUGCCGGAGGCAUUGUUUUCGCUGGAAUGGCUCUUGCUUGUUUAUUGGCCCUUCCGAGAGUGUUGUUAUUCAUCCGAGCUCGAUUAUUGACCGAUGAAGAAGAAGAGGAAGAAGCUGCUGGAGGUCAAGGUAAUAAUGAGGAUGGAAAUCAUCAUGAAGGACAAAAGAAUGAAAUUGAAAUGAAAUCUCAACAUGGAGCGAAUACGAGUGUAGUGACUGGAAAUUAA